UACCUCCGUUCAGGGUUCAUACCACUACACAUCAUUGAGUCAUUGACUCCUUGUGGUCUUGAUAAUCCAACGUCCAUUGCCAACAGAACCUAGAUAAUAAAACAGAACUUUAUAAAACCCCAAAAUGAGUGAAGAAAAAAAGAUAGAAAGAUGGCUUUAUUGACAUCUUCUGUUAUUUCAGUUUCAGUUGGGAAUUACCAAAAACAGUUGGUUUCUAGGGUUACAUCCCAGAUACAAACACAAACAGGGACCAACGGCGGGUGGAUUUACAUCUCUGCCGUACUGAAUUCUAAGGGAGCUCGAUCUCGAACUAAGUCACGCUCAACAAUGUGUUCAGCUGUGAAUAUGGAGAGUUAUGAGCAACCAAAGCAAGUAUGGAUAUGGACUGAGAACAAGCAAGUAAUGACUACUGCCGUUGAAAGAGGAUGGAACACACUCAUUUUUACAUCUGACAAUAAAGACCUUGCAGAUGAGUGGUCAUCGAUUGCUUUGAUAAAUCCUCUAUUUAUUGGGGAUGGAGCGAUUUUAGAUAGCCAGAACAAAAAAGUUGCCUCAUUUUCUGAAUUAUCUACUCCCGAACAGUUGCAACAACUUCAACCAGAUGAUUAUGAGGCGAAAAAUGUUGUUAUAAGUUUGCCAAAUUGGCAGGUGAUACCUGCAGAGAAUAUAAUCGCAACCUUCCAAGGAAGCCAGAAAACAGUCUUCGCCAUCUCAAAAACUCCCUCAGAAGCACAGCUUUUCCUUGAGGCAUUGGAGCUCGGUCUUGGUGGAGUUGUUUUGAAAGUUGAAGACAUCGAAGCUGUUCUUGAAUUGAAGAACUAUCUUGACAGAAGAAAUGAAGCAAGGAACUUGUUAUGUCUGUCCAAAGCUACUGUAACACGAGUUGAAAUAGCUGGAAUGGGUGACCGUGCAUGCGUGGAUCUUUGUAGCUUAAUGAGGCCUGGCGAAGGACUUCUGGUUGGAUCUUUUGCAAGAGGCCUUUUCCUUGUUCACUCAGAAUGCAUGGAAUCAAAUUAUAUUGCUAGCAGACCUUUUCGAGUCAAUGCAGGACCAGUACAUUCCUAUGUUGCUGUUCCAGGAGGGAAAACUUCGUAUCUGUCAGAGUUGCAAACAGGAAAAGAGGUUAUUGUAGUUGAUCAACGUGGGCAGCAAAGGACAGCAGUUGUAGGGCGCGUAAAAAUAGAAAAGAGACCACUCAUUCUUGUGGAGGCAAAGUUGCAACAAGAACCUGAAAACCAAACAUUCUAUAGCAUCCUUUUACAGAAUGCAGAAACGGUUGGAUUAGUUUGUCCCUGUCAAGGUACUAAGCCAACCAAAACUGCAAUUCCUGUGACUUCACUCAAAGUUGGAGACGACAUUAUGGUGAGAAUUCAGGGUGUUGCCCGGCAUACAGGAAUUGAAAUUCAAGAAUUUAUUCUCGAGAAGUGAGUAUGCAACAAAUAGCAAGUAAGAGUUAUUCAUUAGUUCUAGUUUACAGCCAACAUUACUAGCAGCUUUAAUUCAAACAUGUACUGUGAAGAAAAAACCAACUGCAUGUUAAAUGUAAGCAGAGGGCAAUACAUGGUUAGUCAUUAACUUAUGGUUAAGUGCUAAUAGCACAUUGAGUCGUUAAAUGACUAGUAUAAAUCUCGAACCAGAAUCCUUUUUACAUGCCCCCCUUGUCCUUGUUUCUGUUCUUAUCCUUCGGACGUUAUCCCAUUCACCUAUAGUGGUAUGUAUAUGUGUUACAAGCAACCCUGAUGUCUUCAGGCUCCUACUCAAGCGGGUGAUUCUUGAUUUGAUUAGCCAGUUUUAUAUUUCUGGACUUUUACAUGAUCCAAGCUGCUAUAUAAUCACGGUUCAUUGGCAUACUUCACAUGACUCAAUAACCAGUCCUGCUCGACAUAGAAAAUCCACCAUGCAUCCAGUGUCAUGUUGCUCUACCAUGGACAGAGGGCACUUAAUGGCUCCAUGCUGAAAACAAAUGUAACCAGUUGGAAAUCUUUUGCUUCCAUCUUGAAAAUCUCAAAUAAGAGCAGGUAGUCCAGUUUCUGCCACUAUCUUGUUUAAAAGAUUUGGAUCUUUCAGACAAGUGCAGGCGCCGAAGUAGCAGAUAUCUUAGCGGCUUUAUGCAGCUCAGAGAAUGUUUCUGGACGCAGAUUUCUAAUUGGAGUUUUGAAUACAAGAGCCAUUCCAUUGAUGCAGGCUUUAACGAGGUAUAAUUGUGUCACAUAUUUGGGGCAAUCAAGUUCCUGAGGAUAAAAGAGGUUUCUAUUAUUUUUGCAUUUGUCUGAGAAAGGUCGGCGAUCAAUAUACGAGUAUUUCACAGUUUAGACAGUUGGGAUUAGUUGGGCUACAUGUAUAUCAGUUCGAUUUUGCGAGAAAAAGAUCUUGAUGAUAUCAGAACCUGAAAGGUUGCUGUGGAGCCAUUUAUCUUCUGAAGACUUACAUGGUGCAACUGUCGUCAGGAUAUGGCAGCAGGCAGCAGCUAUUUACAUGGGAUCAUGGGUCUCCUAUAAUAAACUUGUAUGAAACCAUAUAACAUAAAAUAAAUAACAGUUUUUAAGUAUUUCAAUACUACUCUAUGUUUCUGA